AUGUCUACUACAAAUGCUGUCCAGACAUUUGGCAAGAAAAAGACGGCUACUGCUGUCGCGCAUGCAAAGGAGGGCCGUGGCCUCGUCCGCAUCAACGGCCAGCCUCUGAAUCUCGUCCAACCCACCACGCUCCGCUACAAGAUCUACGAACCUAUCCUGAUACUUGGAGAGGAGAAUUUGUCUACAAUCGACAUCCGUGUCCGCGUCUCUGGUGGUGGCCACACUUCGCAGAUUUACGCCAUCCGACAAGCGAUUGCAAAGGCUGUUGUCGCGUACUGGAUGAAGUACUACGAUGCUAGUCAUGCGUUGACCCUGAAGAAGAGCCUUGUCGACUAUGACCGCUCGCUCAUCAUCGCUGACCCUCGACGAAUGGAACCGAAGAAGUUUGGUGGUGGAGUUACCGAUAAACGGGCUGCUGCUUUUCCACGAAAUACAUGCUAA